UCCCUGGUUCUCUUGCUUUGUGCUGAACAACCGCGCGGCCCCCACCUUUCUUCUAUAAAAUUCUGCCCCCUCACUCCGUUGGUGCAAGAUCUAGACAAAUUUUCUCGCUUCCAACGCACCAAUCUACUCAUUAUUCAGCAACCAUGGCAGGUAGAAUUUUCACCCUCUCACAAGUUGAACGACACAGAUCAAAGAAAGAUUGCUGGCUUGUCAUCAAUGGCAGAGUAUUGAACGUGACAAAGUUUUUGAAGGAACACCCAGGAGGAGAGGAGGUGUUGAUGGAGUCGGCAGGGAAGGACGCCUCCAAGGAGUUUGAGGAUGUUGGACACAGCAAGGGAGCCCAAAGCUUGCUCCGAAAGUACCAGGUGGGUGUUCUUCAAGGACACAUAUUCGAAGACGAAGACUCCGAGGAAGUUGCCUACGAGAACAAAGCUGAGAUGACUGCUGUUGUGAUAAAGCAUGACCGAUUGUCCAAGUUUCUGCGUCUUCUCCUCGAGUACUUCGUCCCUUUCUUGAUUGGUGCCUCCUAUUUCUGUUACAGAUACUUCACCAGAGCACCCUAGAUCGCCAAUCCGAUCAUCUUCCUCUAAUUAAUUUAAGUAAUUUAUUCGUCAGUCAUCCAUCAUGUCUUAAAUAUGACAUAUAACAAUAUGGAUCAAAAUAUGAUUGAUAUUUUUUUCAACCACUUUCCAUCUGUACUGUCGGUCUGCUGUUUUGGCAAAGAUUUCUUGGAUUUAGCAUAUAACAUUUCAUUCCAGAUCCACGUUAGAUGCA